AUGUUGUUUGCGUCUUCCACGUGUUCACCUUCGUGUUCGUAUCACGACGCACCAUCGUCUUCCUUAUCAUAUCGUUCGUUAAAAAGAUCGUUUGUGACUAGAAGAAGAGCAUGUAGAAGCAAAUACGCGUCGUCUUUCAGUCGCGUGGUGUCAUCAUCAUCAGAAGAAGAAGAAGAAGAAGGAGAAAAAGGACGACGAACGGACAACAACAACAACAACAAUUUUCCUUCCUCUUCUUCUUCGUCUUUGUCGACGAAGAAAUGGAGAGUGAACUCACUUCGAGGAGGAAACUCCGCGAGUACGACGACUAGCUGUUAUUAUGAUAAUAAUAAUAGAAACGAUCUGGAGAAAAACGCGUCGUUUAUGCGUGCCGUGGUUGCCAUACCUGGGUGCAUCAAGCACAAACCACUGCGAUACGUGAUGACUUCUUCGCACGCUGCUUCGAGAGGAGAAGGACGCGGAGAUGGAGUGAAAAUGUCGGCGCGGGGAUCAAAGGAUGACGAUGAUUACGAACGCAGUUACGACGACGACGGUAAUAAAGGUGGAUCCGCUAUGGCGACUUUGACGGAUAUGCAAAUGGACGUUUCGGACCGAGACUCGAAAGCCGUGUUGAGCGCGGAAGAACAAGAGAGUAAAUUACGACAAACUGAAGCUAAGAACAUAGUAGCCAGGCGCUUGCAAAACGCAAGAAACGAUCGAUUGCAUUUAACAAAACCGUACGCGGUCGUAAGAUUGGAUAGAGUGAACGGUAUCGGGAAAGAUGAAGACAGAGCGCCGUAUAAGCAAGUCAUGUCCAGGCGACAAAUGUUGAGAGAUACAGAUUUAUCGCCGCGGGAUUUACGUCGUAUUGAUCCAGUUUUAACGCAAUCAAACAACACACCGGCUAUCAUUGUUCGCGAAGACUCCAUAUUAGUCAACUUAGGUGUUCGAAUAAUCAUUCGGGAGGAUCACGCGUUGUUACUCGGCCCGGAGACGGGACCGUCGAACAACUUUUUGGAGGCGUGGAAUCAGAAAAUUGCCGCUCAAAAGAUGCUGAAAAGUGCAUCAAAUGGCGUUUCAAUUGGUGGAUCAUCCGUUGAUGGCGGCGUUGGAUUCACCUCUAUGCAGCAAGAUAACGCGGAAGGACUGGAAAUUCCGUUCGAGUUACAAGUAGUUGAAGCCGCUUUGCAAGAAACGGUGCACCAACUCGAAGAGAGAUUAGAAACUGUCACGAGACGAUACCGCACUUUAGAACGUCGAAUGCAGUUAAAUAUUAACAAAGAGACGCUCGACGAGUUACGCUUCAUGAAACAGACUUUGGUUCAACUGGAAUCGAGAGCAGAAGCAGUCAGAGACGUCUUACUCGACACUUUGAACGAUGAAGACGAUAUCGAGAGAAUGACGUUAUCCUCCACGGCGAAGAAAGAAAAUGAAGAAGACGCGGAAACCAUCGAGUAUGAAGAGGAGGAAGUUGAAAACUUGAUUGAGUAUUACCUGCAGCAAGCCGAAGCAUGUCACUCUGGUGCCGAGGCCCUCUUGGAAAAUGCGAGAGAUUUGGACGAGUCCGUGGCCUCGACGCUUGCGGCGAGACGAUUAGAGGUUUCAAAAUUAGAAUUGACUCUUUCCAUUGCCAGUUUUUCUGCUGCAAUUGGAGCAGUCGUUACCGGUAUCUUCGGGAUGAACUUGAGAAGUUGCCUGGAAAUGUCGAUUUCUGCGUUUUAUAUCACCUGUGGUUUGUUGCUAUUCGGCUUGACAUAUUGCAGCAUAGCGAUAAUCAAGUGGGCCAGACGAAAGGGCGUCCUAUAA